AUGAGCGCGACGAGUCACGCCUGCCCGCCUGCUGCUGCUUUCUUUGGCUUCAUCGGAGCUGCGUCGGCGCUGGUUUUCAGCAACAUGGGUGCUGCGUACGGCACCGCCAAGUCGGGAGUCGGCAUCGCAGCUGUGGGCGUGCUGCGCCCCGAACUCAUCAUGCGCUCGAUUAUACCAACUGUCAUGGCGGGCAUUUUGGGUAUUUACGGACUAAUCGUAGCAGUGAUUCUUUCGGGACAGAUCUCGCUGCAGUCGUACCCGUACUAUCUGGGGUUCGCGCACCUCUCCGCUGGGCUGGCGAUGGGUCUCAGUGGCCUGGCUGCGGGCAUCUGCAUUGGCGUCGUCGGUGACGCCGGCGUGCGAGCAACCGCCCAACAACCCAAAGUGUUCACGGGAUUCAUUCUCAUUUUGAUUUUCGCGGAAGCGCUUGCCCUGUAUGGUCUGAUUGUGGCCCUCAUCCUCGGAGGCAAAACUGCUCCAGGCGCUUGCACUUGA